AUGAAAGAUCCUACAACAACAACUUCUACACCUUCCUCACAACCACAUAUAUUUCCUCCUUCUACACAUGCACCUCGUCUGCUAACACUGUCACCUACUCCAACCACACCACCACAUGCGUUGCCCCCAUCUACACCGCCCCCUCAUCAAAUGCCGCCACCACCUAUGUUUCCUCCUCCUACACAACCACCUCGUCUAAUGGUGCCAACACCUAUGUUAAACCCCACAACAUCUCCACUUACAACACCACCACCUGCCCAUACCUCACCACCACAUGUGUUUCCUCCUUCUACACCACCACCUCUUCAAAUGACAUCGCCACCUAAAACAACCCCUACUACAUCACCACCUACUCCUAACAAACCGCCAACUAUGUUUCCCUCUUAUACACCCCUACCAACUCCUAAAUCACCUCUUUCAUUAACCCCACCACCUAAAAUAACUCCUACCAUACCACCAACCUCUCCUAACAGACCCCCACCUAUGUUGCCCCCUUAUACACCCCCAUCUACUCCUAACAAAACACCCCCAAUGUUGCCCCCUUCUAUACCUCCACCAACUCCUAAAAUACCCCCACCUAAUUUUACUCCUAUCACACCACCAUCACUUCCUAUGACACCACCACCUCCCGCCAUACCACCCAAUUGUCCUAUGGGAAACAUGCACAUUUGUGCAAAAUUGUUAAAUUUAGUGAGUAUGGUAAUUGGGACUCCACAAAACCAACCAUGUUGUUCUCUCAUAAAAAAUCUUGCUGAUUCUGAAGCCUCUGCAUGUAUGUGUGGUGCAAUAAAGGCUAAUAUAUUGGGAGCAAUCAGAGUUAGCAAUAGCAAUGCAUUGAACUUACUCAUCAGCAAGUGUGGGCGCAAAACACCUACCGGAUUCAUAUGCUAUUAA